UUCCCCCCCCUCUUUGAUCAUUUAGAGAAGAAUGGAUUAAGAUAUUUGUCGAAUUGUUAUAUUUAAUAUUUUACCAAGAUAUUUGGUUUAGUAAGUCUCUAGCAUGGGACGGAAUCAGUAUCUAAAUUUAUUUAAAUAAACCUGAAUUCAAAAAAUGGAUUUUCUUCUAGUUUUGGAGAAUAUUUACCGGAUCAGUUCAGGCAUCAUCUGUCAUUAUCUAUGGCAGACAAUAAGGGAUUUCCAGAGCUCAAUUGCACCCGGGAAAAAAACUGUAAUUUCUGAUCUGAUAAUUCUCCUCUCAUAUAUCUGUGAAAUGUUCCCCUGGAUAGGAUCCGUCCCGAUGAUACUUCGCGACAUCUUUGGAGGUUUCAACUACUACUUCAUCCUUCUAACCGUCUUCUUUCUCAAGUUGAACUUCUAUUCUAUGUGUGGAAUCUGGAAUAUUGUAACUACAGUUCGGUAUUUCUACCUUCUAGGGUUUACAAUCAUACAGGAUACAAGGGAUGAAAGCAUCAUAAAGAUCGCCAAAUGGUGCAUUGUGUUGAACUACGUUGGAGGAUUGACGUUAGAUUUGAUCAUGGAGGCGGUUAACGUCUUCCCAAUUGUUGGUCGGGGUGGAUUUGCGUUAUAUCUUGGAGAUGAGGAAACCAUUGCUGCUCUACCGGCCUACACACCACCCAUCUCCAAUAUUAUCACUUUACCCCUCCUUGGCUUUACAAUUCUUUACCAGAUAUCUCUGUAUCCAGCUAAGUGGCUCAAGUUUCGUCAGGUAAUGAAUGCCGAGGCUGCCGCUGCUGAUAACAGGAUCCUGAAGAGCACCGCGAAUGCAUUCAGUGCGUUCGCCAGCUUCAUGGCCAUGAUCUUCAUGGCCGUCUAUCUCGGCAACCACUUCUACAUUAUGUUCGAAACCCAACCCGGAAAUCCUGAAAAUAUGGUCGAGCUGAACCAAAAUGAAUCCAAGAAAUUUGAGAAUAAUUCCUUUUUACAGAACGUGACCAACACUCUGGAAGACGACGAAAAGACGGAUUUAUCCUACAUGUUUCCUUUGCGCCUUGGUCUUACAACCUUCAGCUACCUGGUCCCAGGAAUUGCCUACGCUACGAAUAAGGAGCUAAGAAAGUAUGUAAUGAGAGGCAUAAGGACCUACUCCCUGAAGAACCUUGUCUACGGGUACUGGAGACCCUGCAGUAACCCUAGAUCAUAUCAAGUUAAAACUGAUGGAACUCGUCCUGGAACUCGACCUGGAACUCGACCUGGAACUCGACAGCCAAGUGCCACGGCCUCCAGUGUUUCAAAAAGAAUUACGUCAACUCUCCGAAGGCAAACUGAUGAUCUAGUUUCUAUAGCUGGUAUUAAUGAAAUAGAGCAAGUGGAGGGGUUUGAACCGGAAGUCAGUAAGGUGCGCCGGAAGUAUGUUGAACCUGCAUUGACCUUCACCCUUCCGGGGCAAAUGGAUUUUGGAUUCGAAUCAGAUUAAAAAUAAAAGAAAAUAAUAAAAGAAAAAAUCUGA